AGCUAUGACGGUGGGUAACCUGUUGACGUUCAGCUUGUUAAUACCGUUAUCGAUCGGCUCGUAUAUAAAUGGUGUCUCGGCCAAUAUUGAUGGCACGUCAAAGAAGCACGAGAAAUUCGUUCCACUAGUCGCAUUCGAAUGUGGCUAUCGUAAUAAGUAUAUGAGCGAAGAUGGCGUAUGGGUUAGUGACGAAAAUCGAUAUGCGACAUGUUUGAGUGGAAAACUGGACAUUCUGAAGUAUUGUAAAAAGGCCUAUCCGAAGCUCAACAUCACAAAUAUCGUCGAAUAUUCACAUGAGGUUGCCAUCGAAAAAUGGUGCCGUGAAGAGGGUACACCAUGCAAGUGGACGCACACUGUGCGACCGUACCAAUGUAUAGAUGGUGAAUUCAAAUCUGAAGCUCUCCAAGUGCCGCAUGAUUGCCGUUUUUCACAUGUGAACUCUGGCGAAUCCUGUAAUGACUAUCAACAUUGGCGAGACGAAGCCACAAAGCAGUGCUCGGCUAAGACUUUCAAUGGAAAGGGGAUGACUGUGCGUUCAUUCGCUGUUCUCGAACCAUGCAGUCUCGACUUGUUCACUGGUGUCGAAUUUGUUUGCUGCCCCACAGUUGACAAAAUUUCGGCUCCAUUGAUCGGUGCCCGUACGAUUGAAAAAGCCAACAAGCUACCACUAAAGGACGAUGAUGACGAUGAUGAGUACGAUGAUGAUGAUUAUGACGGUAGCGAUGAAGAUGCUUCUGACGAGAAAUCUUCAGAGGGGCAAGAUCCUUACUUCAAGAGCAAAGAUCCUGCGAACGAGCACGAGAACUUCAAGGAUGCUGAAGAGCGCCUGGAUAAGAAGCAUCGCGAGAAGAUUGAGAAGGUCAUGAAGGAGUGGGGAGAGCUCGAGGCCCGAUAUCAGCAGAUGAAAUUGAAAGACACUAAGGGAGCUGAGUCUUUCAAGGUUUCGAUGACAAAUCGAUUCCAAAAGACUGUUGCCUCACUAGAAGACGAACAUAAACGCUUGAAAAAACAACUUGAAGCUACCCAUGAAGAACGGGUACAGGCAAUCCUUAACGAAAAGAAGAGAACGGCAACCCAUGACUAUCGUCAAGCACUUGCCAUGCAUGACAAAUCCGCUAACAAACAUCACGUAUUGAAGACACUAAAGACUUACAUCCGAUCCGAGGAGAAGGAUCGUAUUCACACCAUUAACCGAUAUCGCCAUCUUUUACGUGUCGAUCAAGCCGAAGCUGCAGCAUUCAAGCCUACUGUACUGCACAGGCUAAGGUACAUUGACCUGCGCAUCAAUGGCACAUUGGCCAUGCUUCGUGAUUUCCCAGACCUUGAAAGUCAGGUUCGCCCAAUUGCUGUCGCCUACUGGUCUGAUUUCCGACGAGAGAACACACCAGAGCUGUCCGAUGCUGCAAUUGAUGCUUUGAACUCGCUCGAUAGCGAUGCAAAGAACAAGAAAUUGGUCGACCUCUACAAGGAGGCGUACGAAAAACUUCACCCUACCGCCAAGCUGGACGUAAAAGCGCCUCCAACAGCUUCGCCAUCUACGACAACAACUCGUGGAACUCAGACAACUGAACCAACCAAGCUUCUCUCCGAGGAUUCUCAUGAUUCUGAGGAAGAUGAUGAUGAAUACUAUGAGGACGAGGAUGAUGAGGAGGUCAAGAAGAAUCCUAUUGUGAAGAAGCCUAAGAUCAUCGAAAUCCAACGAAAAGAGGAAGUAAAGAAGGCUGAGGCACCGAAACUGGUCGAAAAGUCCGUUCAGACUGAUCCACUUCCAACACCUGACGAUUCUGACUCAGAUGAAAGCGAUGAGGACGAGGAUUCUAUCAAGGAGCUUCGCGUAGAUAUCGAGCCAAUAAUUGAAGAAAAACCAGCAUAUUACCGCCAAGAGAAACUAGUUCAAAAUCAGUUUCAGAAAUCCAGCUAUAGUGAAAGCGGUAUUCUUUCAUCAUCUCAGGCUGUGUUCAUGGUCGGAGCUGUAGCUAUCGCAUCUCUAACCAUGUUAGUAGCAGCCAUUGUGCGACGUCGUCGAGCACAUCACGGGUUUAUCGAGGUCGACGUGUACACUCCGGAGGAGCGUCAUGUAGCUGGUAUGCAGGUGAACGGCUACGAAAACCCAACAUACUCCUUCUUCGACAGCAAAGCAUAAAAUUCUCUCACUCUCUCUCUCUCUUACUGAGAUGCUCUGUGUUUCUACUUUAUACCGAUUUGCACCACAUCUCUCGUCAUUUCUCUUACAUUAAUGAUCAUUCCCCUUAAUUGAUUUUGAUAGUUCGUGUGUGAGAGAAAUUCUUUUGGCGACGUGCGUGUUUCCCCCAAAACAACGUCUUCUGCUCCAUGAAGACGUCGUCGAGGACGCGCGUCUCAGUUGUAUCCUCAACUCGCUCGCAGCCCGUGCCUGAUCGUGUGGCAGUUGUCCGCCGAACCCGAGCACUCGUUUUUCUCAUCAUAUUUAUCAGUUAUCGCCCAGCGAUCUAUACUAGCCACAAUUCUCUCCCAAAUACUCUCACACCCCUCACCACGAGUCAUACGGUUCGCGACACGCCCCAUGUCGCACGAUCAUUGGUUGCUAACUCGAACGCAGGGCAAUGAGCGUGAUUUGAAAUGCAAAAAAGCACACACACCGUCCUUCUUUACAUACUUGUUUCUCGCGGUCAUACUUGUACAGUUCAGAUCAAAGUAAUACUAGUAUUGUGUGUUGUGGUUGAUGCAAAUCGAAGAUAAUUAUGAGUUGUGAUUGAUCUUCGAAUGGACUCUCUCUCUCGCGGAAUAUGAUGAAGAUGAUGAUUUCCUUAGACACGUUGUUCGUUUUGCGAUUGUUUCCUUAUAAUCGUCGUUUAACUCGUCAUUUCAUAUACACGCAGCACUAAGUGAUAUAUCUAAUUGUCGUAUAUAAUUUUUCGUGUUAAUGUGUGUUUGCUCUCGUCCCCUUUUACGUUAAUAUGUAUGUAUUAUGUUUCUUUGCACUCAAGUUUUCGUUUUCGUUCUCAAACCCAAUGUUAGACAGGCUUCAUUAUCUCUCCUUAUAUGUCCGUUCAUAUUAUACAUCUUGGCUUGUGUUGUUCGGCGUAAAUGUGAAAAAGUAGCGAUAAAACUAUCCAAUAGCC